UACCAGAUGAUCGACUGUUGCGAAAUGGCGUGGUGGACUCUGGCAGUUCUGCUGCUGUCUCUCUCCAUAGUCUGCUGUGCGGAAUCCAUCCAGGAGUUCACAUCCAGCACCCUCAUCAAUAACGUGGUGCAGGACCCCCUCACAGGCCACAUCUAUGUGGGAGCCAUCAAUGCCAUCUACCAAUUGGACUCCUUGCUCAAGCAGGAGAAGAAAGUAGAGACUGGUCCCAAGAGGGACAGCCGCCACUGCACACCCCCCAUCCAGUCCUGCCACGAUGCCAAGAUGACAGACAACACCAACAAGCUGUUGCUAGUGCACCCGUCUAACGGCUCGCUCAUCGUGUGUGGAAGCCUCUUCAAGGGCAUCUGCUCCCUGCGGAAACUCGGCAGCAUUGACCACCUGAUCUACUGUAACGACAGCAAGGGUGAAAAGGCUUAUGUGGUCAGCAGUGAGGAGACGGUGUCUGUAGUAGGAGUGAUGUCAACCUUCACCAAAGAGAAUGAUACAUUUGAUGUGUUUGUCGUGGGGAAAGGCUACGGAAGCCAGGGCAACAUGAAGCUUAUCAGCACCCGCAUCCUGCAGGACUUUGGCAAUUGGGAUGUGUUUGAGGACAUUGUUGAGGCUCCUGCUGUUCAGGUCACCGCAUUUGUCAAGAAGUACAGGCACAAUUUUCGCUACUUAUUCAAGGAAAGUGGCUUCAUCUACUUCCUCUUCACCCGCACAAGAGGGGGGCUACAUAACAAAAACUAUACCUUCAUCUCCCGCCUUUGUGAGGAUGAUCACCAUUACUAUUCCUACAUGGAACUGCAGCUCAGCUGUGGCCCCAACAACAUGUACAACAAGGCACAGGCCGCCUUUGUCUCCUCCCCUGGGGAGGAACUGGCCCGAAACCUGAGCGCAUCCAGUCAGUACGGCCAAGUGCGGUCGCAGGACAAGAUUCUGUUCGUAGUGUCCAGCACCGAUGAAGACAAGCCCCGUUCGGGGCUCUGCAUGUACCCCCUGAGAUAUAUCAACCAACGAAUUAUGGAAAUCAUCAGUGCCUGCUAUACAAAAAAUGGGAAAAUUGGAAACAAAGUAGCUGUUGAUUCUCCGUACACAACCUCAGCAAAUCUAUUAUGUUCAGUAUCAGUCCGUGUAAACACGCUGACAAAGUACAAAUGUAGUGCUGAUUUCCUGCCUUCACCGCUGGCCAGCACACCAGGCUUUGCGCUGGCUGCCCAAGCUGUCCACACCACCAGAGACCUGCUCAUGGCUGUCGCCGUUGCUGUGGAGGCUGAGCACACGGUGGCCUUUCUGGGAACCAGCAAUGGGAAGGUGUACCACGUACACCUGUCCAGCACACCAGAGGUGUACCGAACUGUCACUGGACCCAGCUCUGGUGAGGCAGUGAACAAACACCUGCUAUUCGACAGAAACCACAGGCAUCUGUACGUCACCACAGGAAAAAAGAUCUCAAUGGUACCAGUGGAGGAAUGUGAUAUGAUGAAGGACUGCAAGUCUUGCAUGGACCUCAAGUAUCCCUACUGUGGCUGGUGUGCCUUGGAGGGCAGGUAA